AAAAGGAGGAAGGAUGAAGAGCAAAGAGAGAAAAGAAAAAAACAGAACGAGACAGAGAGAGAGGGAGAUAAAGAAAGCUAAGUAGAGAAAAUGGAAAGAUACAAAGAGUGUCAGACAAGAGAGCGGAAAAGAUGAGAGGGUGAUAGCUAGAGAGGGAGGGCAAGAAGGAGGAGAGGAGGAGGGGGUGGGUGGAUGUAGAGGGGAAGGAGGAGGAGGAGGAGGAGGGGGGGGGAGUGGAUAGAAAAAAAGGUCACGUGACCACGUAGCAGCUGCAAGGCUGAGAGGGAGAGAGAGAAAGAGUCUCAGAGAGGAGCAGAAAGACGACGAGCAGGAGGAGAAGAGUGAGCGGGAGGGUAUGAACCAUGAGUCCAAUAAAUCGCCAUCAUUAGGAAUGAUCUCCGCGGCAACUCGCACCACGGCUACUGUUAGUCCCCUCAGCCCUCUAACCAAUGGGAACACGGUUGCGCAGUCUGCAAACUCCGGAUUCGCUGCUGCCCUGCGUAAACUGGCCAAACAGGCAGAGGAUCCCAGAGGUGCUGCCCUCAGCGGUGAGUCGUCUCCUGUCUCUUCUCCAGCCACCAGCCACACCUCACCAGUCACCACCCCCAAGCGGGGCUCUUUAGGGCCCCUUCUUGGUCAGACCAGGGGCCACGGUGUCCCCGGCACCCCUCCUGUAGUCACCAUUGCCCCCACAAAGACCAGCAACGGCCUGUGGCGAGCCGACGGAAGACAGGUGGAGCCAAGUGUUCAGGGUCUCAGUCGGGAGCGAGUUGGUGCUGAGAACACCCAGCCUCGGCAGGACAACAGAACUCCACCCACCCCUUCUCACCACCCUCUGGCUCACACCUUUGGCCUCACCCCUAGCUCCAUCAUGCAAGACCCCAGAUUACAGAGCCUCAGUUUACCCGGGCAGAUGCACCCUGUGGUUCCCUCCGGUGCAGUCCCAGAGGAGUAUCUGAGAGCACUCAGGCCCUUCACCACCUCAGAUGACCUUCGGCUUACCUCCUUACCCAUGAGUUUAGACCCUGCUGCUGCUGCCCAUGCUGCUGCUGCUGCGUACUACCACCCAGCCUACCUGCACCACCCACUGUCCUUACCAAGGAUGGAGGAGUCUCUGUGUCUUUCUGCGCUGCGGUCACAGUUCUACUCUGUGCCUGCAGGGGGCACCUUUCCUCCUCUCCACCACUCUGCCCUCCACCUGCACCUGCCUGGAGGCCGCUACCCUGGAGAACUGAACCACGCAGCGCUUGCCGAGAGGCUGCAGAUGGAGAAUGAGCUCCGCCAGCGAGAGAGACAGCAAGAGCGUGAACGAGAGAAAGAAAGGGAGCGUGAGGCAGGGCUGGAGCGAGAGCGGGAGAGAGAGAGGGAGGAGGAGAGGGGGAGAGAGCGGGAGAGGGAGCUGGACAGACAGAAGGUGAGACAGAGGGAGAGACAGCAGCAGAUGGUCAGAGCGGCAGAGAGCCACUACCUGGCUGAGCUGCAGGCUCGGAGGGCACCACCGGAGGACAGGGCCCGGCCCGGGGAGAGGCUGACCCCGAACAGACUGGACAAAACUAAGGACUCGGAGCAUCUGGGUUUCACCACGCCCAAGCCUCUGUCUGUGCAACCCAACCUUCACUCCUCCAGAGGCUCUAUCCCUCACCCAGUGCCCAGCUUGGUGCCCUCUCACCUGGGGAAGCAUCAUACUGCAGCUGCCGGGGGGAUCCAUGGGGCUCUGGCAGCCGCCAUGAUGACUCAGAGGGCCAGUGAGUCAGUGUGGUUGGCACGGCAACGAGGGCAGGAUAGGGAGGGUCCGAUGGAGAUGGGCCUCAGGUCACCUGGGAAAGGAGUGGAGCAAAGGAGAGACACCCACAGAACCAGCUCAGUCCAUCACAACCCAAGCAGCAAAGAUGUACCUCCCCUCCUUGGUGCUCCCCCUCCCCUCAUCUCCCCUAAAGGUCCCCAUCAUCCCCCUGCACCUCCGACUACACUGUGGAACCCUGCCGCCCUGGUUGACACUUCCACAGAUUCAAGCAGAAAACGUAAUCCUCCUACCCCGCCAAGUCGGCCUCCUCCAGGACUUACCAGAGCUGAGAGACCCCCCCUGAGCUGGGGGGAGAAGCUGGAGGAAGGAGGCAAGAGGGGUCCAGAAAGCACAGACAUGUUCACCUCACUGAGGGGAGCAAGUUUAAAAGAAACUGGUUCCUGGAGCAGGGCAGAGCAGGAAAGGGCCAUCCAGAGCCUGUAUCAGAGACAUCACAUCAAUAACCUCCACCAGAGACCCUGUGCACCACCCUCUGUUCACAGCUCUUGCACUGACCAGGCAGCCUCUCCGUCUCCAGCGAGGGAGCGGCAGAGUCAGCCGUCCAAAAGCAUGCUGGUAUACGAUGAAGUUCUUCAGCAGCACCGCCUGCUGCUCAGUAAACUGGACCUAGAGGAGAAGAGGAGGAAGGAGGCCAGAGAAGGAGGUUAUUACUACGACCUGGACGAGUCGUAUGAUGAUAGUGAUGAAGAGGAGGUGAAAGCUCAUUUAAGGAGAGUGACUGAACAGCCUCCUCUCAAACUGGACACAAGCUCACAGAAAGUGGAGUUCCUGGGUCUGUGUGGUCUGACCACACUCGCUCAUCGGGAUGAGCUCCUGGCUCGUAAGAAGAGAAAGAGGAGGAGGAUGAUGAGGGAGCGCAGUGUCUCUCCACCAGCUGUGCAGGGCAAGAGAAAGUCUUCUUCACCAGUGAUACCUUCAGUUUCCUUAACUACCCCCUACUCUGCUGAGCAGAUGGACAGCGCCCCUGAACUGGAGGAUAAGAAGGACUUCCUCCUCACGCUCAACCUCUCCCAUGUUAACCCGCAGAAGAGGAGAGAUAAGGAGAGGACAGAGGAGCUGCUGAAGGCCAUUCAGAGGAAAACUGUGACGUUAGACACACUCAGAUAUAAUCCUCUACCUCUCAGUAGCAGUCCUUCUGCUCCCUCAUCUGGUGACUUCUCCUCAGCCACACCGUCCUGUCAAUCAAAUGGUCAUCUAUAUCCAGACUCUCCUAGCCCCUCUCCUCCCCACCUAUACAAACCUCGACAUCUCCACCAUAAUGACACAUUCAAAUCCUCCGUGGACUCCCAUGUUACCCGCAUCCCUCCACCACCGACCCUCCAUCAGGAAAAGGCUGAAUUAACUGACAAGAAGCUCCAGGGCAUCCAGAACGAGGUUGCUGCUUCUCCUCAGAAAAAGGAGCUCAAUCCUGUGCAGAACGGACGGAGUCGGCCCUCUGAGAGGUUCACACCUGAGACCUUCGCUCAGCACUUCCAUCAGGCCGUGCUGCAGUCCACACACAGUACACAGCACAACAAAGAAUUUUCAAACAUCAUCUCUGAGGCUGGCAUAAAGUCCGGCCGCUCACUGCCUCUUAACAUCGCUCAACUAAAAAACUCAAACCAUAACCACGUCCCUCAGCAGGCACAAAUAAACGGCCAUCACUUCCACUACCCUGCAGCCAGCAGAAACUCUCCCGGUGCACUGGAAAACCAGUUUGAUGAUGAUGAAGAGGAGGAGUCUGACCAAGAGGGGGAGGAAGAGGAGGAAGAGAUAGAAGAAGCUCCAAGGAAGUGGCAGGGUAUUGAAUCUAUAUUUGAGGCCUUCCAGGAAUAUGCUGAUGAUUGGAGUAUAGAGAGGCAGGUUCUUCACAGUCAGUGUAAAAGACUUGAAUCACAGAAUUACAAUCUGACCAGAGCUGCAGAGCAGCUCUCUCUCACUAUGGGGGAUCUGGUGAGUCAGAGGCAGAGAGUGAGGGAGGAGAGGGAGAGACUGCAGGCCCAGCUCGAGCACUUCAGGAGGUGUCUGACACUACCCAACAUCCACUGGGGCAGAGGGCAAGUCAACGGCCACACUCCAAGGUGACCUCUGAAUCUGACUUUUGGAAAGAUAUGCCUCUGACAGCAAAGGAACAAUAACAAGAACAAGACAGACUUACCCCUGUCUGCACCUGAAUCACUUGAAGGAGCCGUUCCUUGUCAUGUCAUGCCUCUAAGACUAACUGGUUAUGUUACCUGACUGGUUCCAGAUUCAACUGGUUAGCUGCCAUGUUAGCAGUGGUGACAGUUGAGUCUUAGCGUUCUCUCUUUUUCUGCUCGGGAUGGUAACAACACUGUGUAGGUGAAACAGCAUCUGUACCAGAGUAACGUUAACCUGAGCGGAGCUCUUUAUCAACUUUAACAUAAACUCUAUUGAUCCAAAAUAACAAGAUGUGUCACUUGGCACAAGCCUGUAGCCUCUCUGGACAGAGGUGAGGACAAACAAAGCGUGCUGUGGUCACUUUUUAACUCUCAAAAGUUGAGUCGAGGAAUCAAAGCACACCUCAGGCCUUAAACUUGAUAGGAUGCACUUGAAAUAAUUGGAGGAAAUACUUGACCUUCCUCUGUGUUGUGGUAUGAUGUUUUAGUGUUUUUAAGCACUGUAUCACAGGUGAAGCAGUUUAUGGGCAGGAAAAGGGUACAAAAACUAAAAGAUAUUAUCUAUUUAAUGCAAAAUGGUAUCACUGGCGGUUUUAAGGUUUAGUAAAGACAUUGUGACGUCUGGGGAUAGAAGAAGAGUUUUGUAUGUUUUGUUUUCAUCAUUUUUUGUGGGAAGCCAUAUGCUCUGUUUGAAUUGAAACACUGCUGGUCAGGACAUGUUUAGAAAGUGGAGGAUGGUAGGACAGUUGUAUUCUAAAAAAAAUUGUAUGUGAUGUUAAAACGUUUUCGGGGUUCGACAAUAAUGCACAAUGCAUGCAAGACAAAACUGCAAAUAUCAGUCUUAUUCCUCACAACGUUCCAAAGUUGUGAGACUCCAGAGUCUCUGUUCAGAAUCCUCCACAUGCCUAUAAAUGUUGACAAAACUUGAACAAAGAAUUUUUUAUGAUAUUUUCUAACAUAACAGACAUUCUUAGAAAAUGGCAUCACUUGAGUUAAAUAACCUUAGACAUCCUGUCCAACCUUAAAAAUCUUUUCACCAAUAUGUAGAUGAUUUCUUGUGGCAUUAUUUUGAAAAAAUACAUCAACCUUAAUUUUGUAUGGAAAGAACAAAAAGGCCAAAUUAUUAUCCAGCUCCUUUGCAGCACUGUGUCAAAACCAAUAAUCUUUACUCUGAGAGUACUUGAAACUAUUCUCUGAUUGUUUAUGGGUGACAUAAACAUCCAAAUGACACCAUCCCGCUGUGGAUAACAAUAAACUGUUUCUAUUCUGGUCUUUUGAAGAGAUUUAUUUUUGUUCAAGCAAGCUAAAACAAUGUCACAGAUUCAAAAUUUCUGCCUCUUUCCCUAUAAAGAUUAAAAUCCCAGGAGCCCUUUAGUGAAGCUUCAGUAGCAGCUGACUUGUCUGCAUCACUUCCUGUGAAAUCCUGCAUAUUUGUUUCAAUCAGUUAUGUAAUGUAUUAUUUGGGCUGUAUAAUUGUGAUGAAUUAUUUAUGAACAUAUAUUGCUGUAAAUUCUGAUAAAGAUUUGCAUUAAAAUAUCAUAAAAUGUC